CCAAAGAAUCGCGAUUCUCCCGCCUUAUUCGAACAUGCAGGGACAUCCUCGCCGGCAAUCGCAAGGCUACGCCGGAAGCAGUCGAAAUGCAGAAUCUCUGUCGCAAGUGAUUGUGAGGAUCGACGGCGCUGCAGUGAAGGCUCACUCUGAUCUUCUCGCCGCCGGCGAAAGUAUAUCUGCAUGGAGAGUCGCACAGUCGACACUGGUGAUACUAAAAGCGGCAUCCCUUGAAUCAUUAGGGUUCCAUAUGCAGAAUGUACCCUCACUCAAUCGCCUCAUGCUCACUGAAGCAAAGAUCAACUCUUUUAUACAUUGCUUUGUUGGGGUCCAAAAGCUCACAUCACUACAUGAAUUGGAGAUGGCAAUUUGUGAAAGCGAAGGAAUUAAAGGCUUCGAAGAACUUGAAUUGGGGCCCAUGUUAAAGCAUCCACUUGUUGUGCAUUAUUUUUCUAUAGCAUGCGAUGUCACAGAAAUGUUCAAGAUUACGAGUGAACAAAUUAUUGCGUAUCUCAGUAUACUCCUCCGCAAAAGGAAAAAGGUUACGGUUGAUGAUUUAUUGGAUUAUAUAGCAAAGAGAACAAAGCAAAGCCGGGAAAAUCUCUGCAUACGGAUUCAAAGUUUGGGUAUGCACAUCAGCCAUAUCAUGCGUGGAAGGCGAUCAGAAAUCACUUUGCUAAAGAAGUGUUCUGAAGGAUUAGAUGUAGAGUUGAAACCUGAUGACAACGAGGAUGAUGCUGGAGAUGAUGAUAACAAUAAAAACGAUGAUUUUGGCAUCUUGUCAUCUCAAAUUGCAACCUGUUCUCGCUCUUCAGCAGCUGCACAAGUGCCACGAAUUUGUCCGGAUACUGAAAUGGAUUAUAGUUUGACUUCUUCUCAUGACAAUGAUGGUGUUGCUCUUAAAUGUGGCACAAUACAUGUAAUUCAUAAAUCACUCGAAUACUGGAAUCUUGCGGUCAAGUUUAAACCAGAGUUUCUAAACGACAAUGUGGAAAGAGGAUUUAUAGAUGGUAAUGCAAUUGAUGGGAAUACAUGGAUGUUCAUUAGGACCUGGAAGGACACAUGUGAAAAAGAGAAUGUACAUGAGGCAUUUGGUCAGAUGCUUGAGUUUUAUUAUGGUCCAAUGAAGCCAAAGAAGAAGAACAAAGCUUUAAAUAAGAUGAAUUCUUCAUAUCCACAUAUUGGAUUACUAAAUGUUGCUGUUGCAUCCAUGAAGUUUGGUUUGUGGGAUCGUUUGAGUUCCAUCCCUCAAGCAAGCAAUAAAGAGUUACUAUCAAAUACAAACUCCAAAACAUGUGCUGUUGGUGUUAACACAGAUGUUGAGCCUGCUGAAAAGAACGUUCUAGAUGCGAUUGAUGGGACUACAUGGAUGUUCAUUAAGAUGUGGAAGGACAUUUGUGAAAAACAGAAUGUAGUUGAGGCAUUUGAGAAGAUGCUUGACUUUUAUCAUCAUAAAAUGAAGCCAAAGAAGAAGACUGCUGCUCUAAAUAUGAUGGGUUCAUCAUAUCCACAUGUUGGAUUGCUAAACGUUGCUAUUACAUCUAUAAAGUUUGGUUUGUGGGAUCGUAUGAGUUGUACUUCUCAAGCAAACAAUGAUGAGGUGAUAGCAAAUACAAACUCCAAAACAUGUACUGUUGAUGUAAACACAGACGUUGAGCCAGCUGAAAAGGAUGUACAAGUUGCCAGUAAGCACGUUUUGGAGGGUCGUGUUGAUAUUACUCUUGAAGAUGUUCAGAAGUAUAUAAAGGAAUAUUUCAUGUCUUCUAAUCAUAUUCUAGACGAUAUCAAUUCUUAUUCGAAAAAGCAAUCGAUCUUUCUAAAGGAGAUCCACAGCCUAGAACGUUGGCUAACUGUACAAUUUUCCAUUGAUGACUUUGAGACCCUUGGUUUUGGAGAAAUUUUCACUUUUUUGGAGGACCAUAUUUCCCUACUACCUGCUGCAUGGCAAAAUUGCUUCUUGAUUACCGACAAAGGUGAGAAGCCUUCAGUUAAAGUUUGCAUGAAUGAUCGUUAUCUGCUUGAAUUCUUAUCGGAAGCUUCUAGUAGCUUAGGGGAACAUGAAACCUUAAACAAGUUGACAGUUUCCAAGCUAUUGAGAAUGCAAUACCCUUCUGCUGGUCUUACGCUAGUAGAAGAUGGUUUUACAGCAGAUCUUCUGACUACUUUUAGCAAGAAUGGUAGUAAUGUGAGCUCCAAUAAAGUGUUAUUUUCUUCAACUCUAUCUGGUUUUAGAGCAGAAAAGGGUUUUUCCGACGCUCAUCUUGACACAAACAACGCAGUUGAACAAUUACUUCGGGCUCCAAUGUUGGUAGAUCUAGCUUCGUGGUCUUAUUGGGAUUAUAAGUUUGCACCUUCGUUAGGUCCUCUUUUGGGGUGGCUGUUGAGUGAUGUUAAAACCAAUGAGCUGCUUUGUUUAGCAACAACGGAUGGGAAAGUUUUACGUCUUGAUCAUUCAGCUACUGUGGAUUCAUUUCUUGAAGCGUUUCUUCAUGGAUCUUCUUUUCAAGCAGCUGUAAAGCUGCUAUCUUUGAUUGCUUUAUAUGGUGGUGAACGAAAUGUACCCUUUUCUCUUUUAAAAUGCCAUGCAAAGAAUGGUUUUGAAAUCAUGUUAAAGUUUUCUUCAGACGAGGUGGUAAAAGACGAUCAGAGAUUAUCUUUAGCAUCAAGAUUUCUCAUUGAUUGUUUGGGUCAUUUACCUAAGGAGUUCCGAAGCUUUGCAGCAGAGUUAUUGGUUUCUGCAUUUCGUUUAAUUAUCAAAGAUGCUCCUAUGGUGAUUCUGCGUGAAGGCAAACGUAAAGAAGAUCAUAUGAUGCUUCAUGAGCUUGGAUUAUUGCUAGGAAUAGUUGAGUGGUUCGAUGAUUAUUGUACAUGUUUGUCUGCAUCCAAAGAAUCACUUGAAGAUGAUAAAAGCAAGGGAUUUUCUUCGAAAGAUGAAGUUAUUUCGGCUCUUGAAGUCAACCAACCUGAUAAAGGUUGUGAAAGAAAUAGCGUGAUUACUCAUAGAGUGCAUAAUGCUGAUGACAGUUGCAUUCGACCCUUUUCAGAGUCUGAAAGAGAGAAAAAUGCUGCUAAUAUUAUCGAGUCUAUCAGAGUUGAAGAAUUCGGUCUCGCCCCAAAUCUUUCAAUCGCGGAAAAUAGCAUUUUAAAGAAGCAACACGCUCGCUUAGGAAGAGCACUUCAUUGUCUUUCACAAGAGUUAUAUUCACAAGACUCGCAUUUUCUCCUAGAGCUGGUUCAGAAUGCUGAUGAUAAUAUCUAUCCAAGAAAUGUGGAGCCGACUCUGACAUUUAUUCUUCAGGAGAAAAGUAUCGUCGUCCUGAAUAACGAACAUGGUUUUUCUGCUGAGAACAUUAGAGCGCUUUGUGAUGUUGGGAAUUCUACCAAGAAGGCAUCUGGUGCUGGGUACAUUGGCAAGAAAGGCAUCGGAUUCAAAUCAGUAUUUCGGGUUACUGAUGCUCCAGAAAUCCAUUCAAACGGAUUUCAUAUAAAGUUUGACUUAACCGAGGGUCAAAUUGGUUUUGUUUUGCCAACAAUCGUGUCUCCUUGUGAUAUCGAGUUAUUCAGCAACCUGGUCUCAUUAGAUACAGCUGAUCAAGUGAAUAUACACCAAUGGAAUACAAGCAUUGUCCUUCCUUUCAAGUCAAAGCUAACAGAAACUUUUGUGGAGAAUAUCACAUCUAUGUUUUCAGAUCUUCAUCCAUCUUUGUUACUUUUUCUUCAUCGUCUUCAAUGUAUCAAGUUCAGAAAUAUGCUUAAUGGUUCAUUCAUCAUCAUGAGGAAAGAAAUCAUCGGGAAUGGACUAAUCAACGUUUCCAUUGGGAAGGAAACAUUAACUUGGUUUGUUGAGUCUCGGAAAUUGCACGCCAACAGCCUCCGUGAUGAUGCCAAAACUACCGAAAUUUCUGUUGCAUUUUCACUUGAAGCAUCUGGAAACGGUGAUUACAUUCCAAAGAUGGAUCAACAGUAUGUUUUUGCAUUUCUUCCUCUUCGAACAUAUGGUUUAAAGUUUAUCAUCCAAGGUGACUUUAUACUUCCUUCUUCGAGGGAAGAAGUUGAUGGAGAUAGUCCAUGGAACCAAUGGCUGCUAUCACAGUUCCCAAGCUUGUUUGUGGAUUCCCAGAGAUCUUUCUGCAGCCUUCCCGGUUUCCGGGAUUGUCCUGGAAAGGGUAUUUCCGUCUUUUUGGGUUAUGUUCCACUUGCAGGCGAAGUGCAUGGAUUUUUUGCUUCUCUUCCUAGAAUGAUCAUAUCUAAGUUAUGCACAUCGAACUGUCUCCUUCUAGAAGGGGACAACAACAAAUGGGUUCCUCCGUGUCGGGUUUUAAGAAACUGGAAUGAACAGGUUCGAACUCUUUUGCCGGAUAGCUUAAUUCAGACGCAUCUUGGCGUUGGGUACUUGAAUAAGGAUAUAGUUUUAUCAGAUCCACUGGCGAAGGCAUUGGGUAUCGAGAAUUACGGGCCUAGAAUCUUGGUUCGAGUGCUAGCUUCUCUAUGCGGUACCGAAGAAGGUCUAAAAUCAAUGGGUUUUAGCUGGCUAUCAUCUUGGCUUAAUGCGUUAUACGGGAUGUCUUUCCAUUCUGGGCGGAGCUUUGUUGAACCUGAAUUUGGCUCCGAUAUCAUGAAUACCCUGAGAAAAACGCCCUUCAUUCCUCUUUUAGACGGUUGUUAUAGUUCCAUUGAUGAGGGUAUGAUUUGGAUGAAUCUUGAUGCUUCUUGCACAAUAUCUAAUAACGAGCAUGGUCUUGAAGCUUUUGCAAGAUUGUUUACCAAUCUUCGUAUUGUUAAUCCAGCACUGUUUGAUGGUUCAAUCACCGAGAACUUGAUUCAAAUACUUUCUAAAGUUGGCGUUCAACGGUUAUCUGCACAUCAAGUAGUAAAAGUCCACAUCUUGCCAGCUAUUUGUGAUAAGAAGAAUACCAUAGCGAACAACAAUCUCAUGAUAGAAUACUUAUCUUUUAUAAUGGUUCACCUACAAUCUAGUUGCCAAGAUUGUGCUAUCGAAAGGGAGCACAUAAUCUCGGAGCUAUACAAUAAAGUUUUGAUUUUGACAAAUCAUGGCUUUGUUGUACCUGCUGAGGUGGCAAUCCAUUUCGAUAACAGUUUUGGAAAUUCUAUAGAUAUGAGUAGGUUGAUCAAUGGCACUGAUGUAAAAUGGUAUGAGAUCGAUAACAUUUAUUUGAAUUAUCCAACGGCUAGAUCCUCAUCUGGAGGUACGUUCAACUGGAGGAAAUUCUUGCAGGAACUACAAAUCACUGACUUUGUGCAAAUUGUUCAUAUCGAGAAAACUGUUUCUAUUUCAUCUCAGUUUGUUUUCAGAAAUAUGAUGUGGGAAAAAGUGAUUAUUUCUCCCGGAUCAACAGUCAGCGAUUGGGAGUCCCGAGAGUUGGUUCAUUUGAUAGCAACAGUGUCUUCGACUGGUGAUCGUGAAAAAUGCAAGUAUUUAUUGGAGGUUCUUGAUGCAAAAUGGGAUGAUUAUUUCUGUAAUAAGGUUGUAGCUUAUUGCAAUAUCGAUGGAGAAAGUAAGCCUUUUAAGUCUUCAUUAGUAAGCUCCCUAAACGAUGUUCAAUGGGUGGCUUCUAGCGUGGACGACGGGCUUUACUAUCCUAAAGACUUGUUUCAUGAUUGUGAGGCAGUGUGCUCGAUUUUCGGUGAUAAUGCUUUUUACGCUGUCCCAAAGAUUCAAAGUGAGAAGUUGGUGAGUAGCAUCGGUUUAAAGACUGCUGUUACCCUUGAUGAUGCUUUAUCUGUUCUUGAAGUGUGGAAGAGAUCUUCUACAUCUUUCAAAGCUAGGUAUUAUUAUGCUUCUAGAUCAGAUACAAAAUCGCUUAUCGCUUUCCUCACCAGUAUAUCACAGAUGUCGAGAUUCUACUCGUUCAUAUGGAACGAAUUGGCUUCUUCAAACCAGAAAAACAUAGCAAAUUUACGGUGUGGAACGUUUAUAUUCGUACCUUUUUCUUCUUCUGUUUCUUCAAGUGAAGUUGAGUCUGGUGUGCUCUUAUCCCCUCAAGAAGUGUGUUGGCAUGAUAGUAUGGUCCAUCCUGAUCAGAGUGAAUCCCGCAAAAUGUUGAGCAAUUUAUAUCCAAGCCUCCACGACUUUUUUGUAAAUGAAUGUGGCGUAAAGGAGAACCCUCCGCUUCUAGAGUACUUCGUGCUUUUGCGUCAUUUAUCAGCUGUCGAUACUGCAUUGAAGGCUGCCAAAAAGGUAUUUGAUGUUUUUCUAAUGUGGAGUGAUGGACUCAAAUCUGGGCUACUGAGUUUUGAGGAUGUUGAAAUAUUGAAAAAGAAUCUUGAAGGAAAGGAGAUGAAGGUGCUUCCAACGGCACAGGAUAAAUGGGUUUCAUUGCAUUCAUCGUUUGGACUCGUGUGUUGGUGUGAUGACGAGAAGCUUGCUGAUGAAUUUGAGGGGUUGAACAUUAUCGAUUUUCUUCGUUUAUGUGAACUCAGUGAUGACGAACAAGAGAUGCUUCGAGUGAAGGUUUCUGUUCUCAUGAAAGCGCUAGGAAUCUCUGCUCUCUCGGAGGUUAUUACUCGUGAAGCAAUAUAUUACGGCCCUGUCGACAAUGGCUAUGAAACUUCGUUGGUGAGCUGGGUUCUUCCAUACGCUCAACGUUACAUUUCUAACUCAUAUCCCGAAGAAUAUCUCCAACUUAAGCUCUCUGGAUUCGAAAAACUGAAUCGGCUGCAAAUCGUUGUUGUUGAAAAGUUAUUCUAUAAGAACGUCAUAAAGCGAUCGAAACUGGUGUCUAAGAAGAGACAUGAUAUUAGCUGCCUCGUUCAGGAUGAGAUCUUGUAUGCAACACGUGAGUCGGAUUCUCAUUCGAUAUUCAUGGAGCUUUCUUGUUUUCUGAUCAAUGGAAAUCCUGAACUGCACUUGGCGAAUUUUCUUCUCAUGAUUACAACUAUGUCCGAAUCUGGUUCGACAACGGAACAAAUAGAAACUUUCGUCUUGAAUAGCCAGAAAGUGCCAAAACUCAUGGAUGAAGAACCCGUAUGGUCAAUUCAACCUCUACGAUGGACGGAGACAUCGGCUACAACCCGUUUCACAGAGAGAAUGGUCAAGCGCAGCACAUCGAAUCAAAGUAACAGAAACUGGCCACCGGCCAGUUGGAAAACCGCCCCCAAGUUCAUUUCUUCAUGUGUGAAUGGUCUAGAAAUGCAGCAAGAUAUCGCUAAGCAAACCGAUCUUAAUGCUGGUAGUAUAGAAGAGCAUAUAAUCUCGACCGAUCAGGUACAAAAUGCUGAACCGUCUACAAGUUCAAACGAUGAGGAUCAUGGUGCAGCCGAUGCGGCUGCUGGUCUGAAUGUUGAACCUGGUGUGGUUAACCAAGAUGUUUCAUGCGAUUUUAGCCAGAAGGAUCGGCUUUCUCAUGGUGCAGCCAACAUGCAACAGGCGUUGCUCACCGGGAGACAUGGCGAGGAACUGGCGUUCAACUUCUACUCCAGAAAAUUCGAUAAAAAGGUUGUGAAAUGGGUGAACCAAGGUCGGGAGACCGGGCUACCUUAUGAUAUUGAAGUCUGUGAUGAGGAAAACCGGAAAGAAUAUGUUGAAGUAAAAACAACCGAUUCCGGAAGCAAGGACUGGUUCGAGAUAUCGGUCAGAGAGUGGCAGUUUGCGGUCAAGAAAGGUGAAUCUUUUAGCAUAGCACGGAUCGUUUUGUCCGGCGAUAAAUCCGGUCGGGUGACGGUAUUCAAGAAUCCGGCGAACCUGUGCCGGAAUGGCCACCUGAAGCUAGCUGUUUUGGUGCCAAAGCAGCUGGAGGAAGAGUCAGUUUUCUGUUGAUAUUAUUAUUAUUAUUAGCUUUAUGUUCUUGUAUAUUUUGUAAAUAUUAUGUGUUAUUUAUGAUGCUUGGAUUUCUUGUUUUGUAUUUAAGGAUCUUUAAACAUUUGAGUUGAUUUGAACCAGUUUGUACCUU